GACGCGCCUGGGGUGCCCGAGGUUUUUCCUGGGAUAGCGAUGGAGACUCCGGGCGCAUCAGCUUCGUCCUUGUUGCUCCCCGCCGCGUCCAGGCCCCCGAGGAAGCGCGAGGCGGGAGAGGCUGGGGCUGCGACGAGCAAGCAGCGGGUCCUGGACGAGGAAGAGUAUAUUGAGGGCCUCCAGACAGUCAUCCAAAGGGAUUUCUUUCCUGAUGUGGAGAAGCUCCAGGCACAGAAGGAGUACCUGGAAGCCGAGGAGAAUGGAGACUUGGAACGGAUGCGCCAGAUUGCCAUCAAAUUUGGCUCUGCCUUGGGCAAGAUGUCCCGGGAGCCCCCGCCACCCUACGUGACUCCAGCCACGUUUGAAACCCCUGAGGUGCACGCGGGCACUGGAGUGGUGGGCAAUAAGCCCAGGCCCCGCGGCCGAGGCCCGGAGGAUGGAGAGGCUGGAGAGGAGGAGGAGAAGGAGCCACUGCCCAGCCUAGAUGUCUUCCUGAGCCGCUACACGAGUGAGGACAAUGCCUCCUUCCAGGAGAUCAUGGAGGUGGCCAAGGAGAGGAGCCGGGCACGCCACGCUUGGCUCUACCAGGCUGAGGAGGAGUUUGAGAAGAGGCAGAAAGAUAAUCUUGAACUCCCGUCAGCAGAGCACCAGGCCAUCGAGAGCAGCCAGGCCGGUGUGGAGACCUGGAAGUACAAGGCCAAGAAUUCCCUCAUGUACUAUCCAGAGGGUGUCCCUGAUGAGGAGCAGCUGUUUAAGAAGCCCCGGCAGGUGGUGCAUAAGAACACGCGCUUCCUUAGGGAUCCCUUCAGCCAAGCCCUGAGCAGGUGCCAGCUCCAGCAGGCAGCCGCCCUCAAUGCCCAGCACAAACAGGGCAAGGUGGGCCCUGAUGGCAAGGAGCUGAUCCCCCAGGAGUCCCCUCGAGUGGGUGGAUUUGGAUUUGUUGCCACUCCUUCUCCUGCCCCUGGUGUGAACGAGUCCCCAAUGAUGACCUGGGGGGAGGUUGAGAACACACCGUUGAGAGUUGAAGGGUCGGAAACCCCCUACGUGGACAGGACACCGGGCCCAGCUUUCAAGAUCCUGGAGCCGGGCCGCAGGGAGCGGCUGGGGCUGAAGAUGGCCAACGAGGCUGCCGCCAAGAACCGGGCCAAGAAGCAGGAAGCCUUGCGGAGAGUGACGGAGAAUCUGGCCAGCCUCACUCCCAAAGGCCUGAACCCAGCCAUGUCCCCAGCCCUACAGCGCCUCGUGAGCAGGACGGCCAGCAAGUACACAGACCGAGCCCUGCGGGCCAGCUACACACCAUCCCCAGCACGCUCCACCCACCUCAAGACCCCGGCCAGUGGGCUACAGACCCCCACAAGCACACCAGCGCCUGGCUCUGCCACACGCACCCCUCUCACGCAGGACCCGGCCUCCAUCACGGACAACCUGCUGCAGCUCCCUGCCCGGCGCAAAGCCUCGGACUUCUUUUAGAGCUAGGCCUGGGCUGGGCCCAUAGACGCUUCAUGGAGCCUGCAGGGCAGCUGUACACCCAGCAGAGGACUCCAGCCUUCUCGGGGCCCAGGCCUGGGCCAAAGCUAUUUACUACACCAGGAGCCACUGGAGAAAGGGGCUGUGCUGGGGCCAGGCUGGCACAGGACGCACAGGCCCACGCCACAUCCCAGGGCCUUGCCAAGCUGUUUGCUGUUUAAUUGGCCCCUUGAAGUGUCAUUAAAGAACACCUGGUACAGUCUGGGGGUUGCCUCUCCAUCCUGCUCCCCACACAAGCCCUAGCCUUGCCCUGGGGCCUACAUCGUGUCUCAGGACCGCAGGGCUUGAAGCGAGGGGCCCCCCAGGUGAGGAAGCUGCAGGUGGGGUGGCUGUGGGGGCACCGGAUGACUCUGGCAUCGCUUUCUGCAGCACCCGGAACCUGUGUUCUGAGCUGAGCUCACAUCCUCCUGUGCUUUCUGCUCCUCUGGGGGGAUGUGAAGGAGAAAUGGAGCCCUUGGAAGUUGUACUCUCAGGUUCACCUGCAGUUCUGGGCCCAGGUCUGCAGCCUCCACUCUGGGCUUGCCUGCUGUGAGGUGCACUGGUUAUAGGACUGUGUAGGGGCUGCAUAUCAGGUGAUCUCAGCCGUCACCUUCUCCCAGCCCUGGCUUCCAGCUCAUGGGGUGGGACUGUCCCGCUCACCUCUCUGCCGUAGGCACUGCCCAUCUUAUGCUGCUGGCCCUGGCCUCACCUUGUCUCUCCCACCAACAGGAGCUCCCAGAUAACAGUGGGUUGCUGGACAGGUAGGAUGGGACUCUUAAUGGGUGGGGGAUGUGGGGCCUUUGGUGCUUUAUCCCAUAGGAAAGGGUGCAUGUUGUCCUAAGGGAGUCCCCAGGAAGUGGGGAGGGAGGGGGAGGAGCACUGUCUAGGUGCUGACCACCUCGAGCACUUGGCCAGCAAGUGGGCCACAUGCUUUGGGAGCAAUGGGUGACACAGCAGGAAGCACAAAAGACAGGCCAGUGCACCAUCACCAAGGGCUGCUGAGCAGCUUGCAGAGCCACUGGGUGGGGAGGGCACACCGGGAGGUCUCAGCUGGGGCUGCCCCUGGAGGACUGGGCAGGGAACUUGAGGGCUGAGGACAGAAAUCUCAAAUGACUCCGGGAAAUAGAGGAAGAGGAGGAUGCUGAGCGAGGGGCUCUGAGGGAGUGGGGGUAGGUUAGAGUGGGCUGAACUGCAGGAGGCCAGGGGGAGUCGUGGACCCCUGGAGCUGGCCAGCCCCAGGGCAUUGAGGAGGAGGCCAGGUCAGAGGGAGACAGUGUGGGCCUGGCAGGUGGACCCUGGCAGAGGCCCUCUCGUACCCCACAAGGCCAGGCCACACCACGAGUCUGCCUGUACCUGAGCACCUGUCCUGUGCUCCUAGGCCGGAGACCACUGUGUGUCAGGUGGGGCGGUUGGCUGAGUCCCAGAGAAAAACACUCCUCACUGGGCACUCUUGAUGCUUGUACACACCCUGUGGUUUAUUUGGUGGUCAGUAAAGAACGUCUUUGCUACUAAGUGGAAGAAAGCUAAUGGAACGUAAUCAAAAUA